AUGGCCGCGUCUACCAUGUCCAUCGGCUCCAGCACUUGCUCUGACUCCUGGCAGGUGGACGCCUGCCCAGAGAGCUGCUGCGAGCCCCCCUGCGGCGCCCCCAGCUGCUGCACCCCAGCUCCCUGCCUGACCCUGGUCUGCACCCCAGUGAGCUGUGUGUCUAGCCCCUGCUGCCAGGCAGCCUGUGAACCCAGCCCCUGCCAAUCAGGCUGCACCAGCUCCUGCACGCCCUUGUGCUGCCAGCAGUCUAGCUGCCAGCCGGCUUGCUGCACCUCCUCCCCCUGCCAGCAGGCCUGCUGUGUGCCCGUCUGCUGCAAGCCUGUGUGCUGUGUGCCCGUCUGCUGCAAGCCUGAUUCCUCUUCAUGCUGCCAGCAGUCUAGCUGCCAGCCAGCUUGCUGUGCCUCUUCCUCCUGCCAGCAGGCCUGCUGUGUGCCCAUCUGCUGCAAGCCUGUGUGCUGUGCGCCCACCUGCUCUGAGGAUUCCUCUUCAUGCUGCCAGCAGUCUAGCUGCCAGCCAGCUUGCUGCACCUCCUCCCCAUGUCAGAAGUCCUGCUAUGUGCCCGUCUGCUGCAAGCCUGUCUGCUGCAAGCCCAUCUGCUGUGUGCCCAUCUGCUCUGGGGCUUCCUCUUCAUACUGCCAGCAGUCUAGCUGCCAGCCGACUUGCGGCACCACCUCCUGCUGCAGACCCUCCUCCUCCGUGUCCCUCCUCUGCCGCCCCGUGUGCAGGUCUACCUACUGUGUGCCCAUCCCCUCCUGCUGUGCCCCUGCCUCCUCCUGCCAGCCCAGCUGCUGCCGCCCGGCCUCCUGCGUGUCCCUCCUCUGCCGCCCCACGUGCUCCCGCCUCUCUUCCGCGUGCUGCGGCCUCUCCUCAGGCCAGAAGUCCAGCUGCUGACGGGCAGGUCCCGUUUCUCCAGAGUUGUUCCAGGGCCAACUCUGACUUCCGAAAAUCCUUGCAGCCCUGAGCUCUGUCUGAGUCUCCUCUGCCCAGAGCCACUGCACCUCCAGCCAGCAAUGCUGAGCUUUCUUGCCGAGUUCCCUCCAGGCAUGCAUCUCUCCCACACCCUCAUCUCCAUCCUGGCCAGCCAGUGGUCACUGUGUCCUGCCCUAUGUGAGUGAUCAGUCUGUCAACAAAUAAAGACCACUGUGCCCUC